AUGCCAACCAAGGAGCGGAGCUCUGACGUUCAUGCAAAACCAAGCAUAAAAGGGUCUGACGUUCAUGCGAACCCGGCGCAAGCAACAACUCUGGCGAUCAUAGUGAACCCGGCGAAAGCAACAACUCCGACAUUCACGCAAAACCCGACGCAGGCAAGAAGGAACAAGGACUUGACCGUCAUCUUCUGUCCGUGGGACAAACGAGCUAUGGCGGGACCGAAUUGCUUCACUCACGUCAAUAACCGUUCCGCAUCCGAGAGUUCAGCCGACAGCUCAUUCACCUAUGCGAUCAAGGCAUCGUUCGAUGCCAAGGUGCGAGGAUCACAAGUGCCGGCUUGUGUGUUCGCGACAUCCCAGCCAAGCAGAAACCGCGAACAACGGAGGAAGCCAAACUCAACAAUUCCCUUCUGUUAG